AUCGAAGGUGGAGUCCUCCUUGCGCCGCUGUCCCUCUGCAUCUCUGCGUUCCCUGAAGAACCCUCAGAAUUGGUAGUUGGUCGCCGGUCUCUCUCGAGGCAAUAGCAGGCAGAUUGCAUAUAGUGGGAAGCCGGAAAAGAUGUCGUACAUGCGAGGAGACCUCCUCUCCAAGACGAGGAAGUUGGUGAAGGGCCUCGCCAAGCCCACCCCGGUGUGGCUCAAACCCAUGGAAGAGGCGCCACCGGUGACGUUCCCACGGACGGACGGGAAGAUCAAGAAGAUCGAGCUGCCCGAGGAUGUUUACAUAAAGAGGUUCUUUAAGAAAUAUCCGGAUUCUCUCUACCAUGAUGCUAUCAAGAUAAGUGGUUUUGAUCCUCCUCCAGCACGAGUUUUUGCUUGGCGUGUUCUGGAGCUGAAGGAUCAAGGUGUUGAUGAAGAGGAAGCCAUGGCUGUAGCUGAUAUGGAAUAUCGAGCUGAGAAGAAAGCAAAGAAGAAGGCAUACUCUGAGCUGAAGCAAAUUGCACGUCUGCAAGGGAAGAAGCCACCUCCAAAUCCCUACCCAAGUGCCAUUAAAGAAAUACAAGCAGAGGAGAAGAAACUUGUCCGGGAUCGUUUCUUCAAUCCAAAGAUACUUGAGAUUGUGCAAAAGAUGAAAGCAGAAAUGGCUGCAGAGAGGGAAGAGAAACAAAGAGAAGCCGGCACUGGAGGGGCUGGUGGCAGUGGCCAGCGUGGUGGAUGGAAUGGUGGUCAGCGUGGUGGAUGGAAUGGUGGCCAGCGUCGGUAAUUGCGAUCCAUUAGAUACUGAAUUGUUAUUUGCUUAUUGUUACUUUGCUACAGAAGUUGCCGUCUCCAUUUGUUUGCUGUGAGUUGCAAUAAUAGAAUAUUAUGGAACUUUGAUACAUGUCUUUUGCUUUCUUAAAUUU